CCCAUAGACCGUUUAACUAUUAUUAUUUUUUUCAAACCUUCCACAAUUUUUUUUCCUGAACCUCAAACCAACAUAAAUUGCAACCCUUAAAACUACAUCUCUGAUCUUAAGUGUCCUGCGCGGAUUCUCCGUCAAGAAAAUUCCAUUGGAAUGUGAUGUAUUUUUGGAUUUUGUUUUAUCCCUGAAUCUUUCAAAACUUGGAAUUUUUUUUAGUACAAAGAUUCAUUUUGAAUUUUUGACAGAGACCUUCGCGCACUUUGCAUUAAGGAAGGGAUGGCAAUCACAGUUACAUCUUCAGCACAGUCUUCACUGGUGCCUGUCAAUGCCAACAAAAGAGAUGGUGGACAUGGAGGGUUUUAUCACAGAUUCAAAUGGGGCUCUUCUUCUUCUUGUUCAGUGUUGUUGGGGAGGAAGGCCUGUUUUUCGCUGAGCAAGGCACGGAUAAAGACAUGCAGUCCAGUAUGCACAAUGGCAGCCCCGCAGCAAAGUGGUGAUAUGAAUAUGAAUUUGAAAGUUAAGAGACCCGAUGAGUUUGGUAGAUUUGGGAAAUAUGGGGGCAAAUAUGUACCAGAGACACUCAUGUAUGCUUUGUCUGAAUUCGAAGCGGCCUUCAAUUUAUUCAAAGAAGAUCAAGCUUUUCAGCAAGAGUUGGAUGGGAUUUUGAAAGAUUAUGUUGGCCGAGAAUCACCAUUGUACUUUGCAGAGAGGCUUACCAAACAUUACCGACGUUCAGAUGGAGGACCUGACAUCUACCUAAAAAGGGAGGAUCUCAACCAUACUGGUGCCCACAAGAUCAACAAUGCUGUUGCACAAGCACUUCUUGCCAAACGCAUAGGAAAGAAAAGGAUAAUAGCUGAGACAGGUGCAGGGCAGCAUGGUGUUGCAACAGCCACUGUAUGUGCACGGUUUGGUUUGCAGUGUGUAGUCUACAUGGGUGCUCAAGAUAUGGAACGGCAAGCCUUGAAUGUCUUUCGAAUGCGUCUUCUUGGUGCUGAGGUGCGGCCAGUUCAUUCUGGUACCGCUACAUUGAAGGAUGCCACAUCAGAGGCGAUUCGAGACUGGGUCACAAAUGUAGAAAGUACACACUACAUUCUGGGUUCAGUUGCUGGUCCACAUCCAUACCCUAUGAUUGUAAGAGAGUUUCAUGCAGUGAUUGGCAAAGAAACACGAAGACAAGCCAUGGAAAAGUGGGGUGGAAAGCCUGAUAUAUUGGUUGCUUGUGUUGGAGGUGGUUCAAAUGCAAUGGGACUGUUUGAUGAAUUUGUUGAUGAUGAAAGUGUGAGGUUGAUAGGUGUGGAAGCUGCAGGAUUUGGCUUAGACAGUGGGAAACAUGCUGCCACUUUAACAAAAGGAGAGGUGGGUGUUCUACAUGGAGCUAUGAGCUACCUCCUACAAGAUGAAGAUGGUCAAAUUAUUGAGCCUCAUUCCAUUAGUGCUGGCUUGGACUACCCUGGUGUUGGACCUGAGCACAGUUUCCUUAAGGAUAUUGGUCGUGCUGAGUACUACAGUGUUACUGAUCAAGAAGCACUAGAUGCUUUCCAACGGUUAUCGAGAUUAGAGGGCAUAAUUCCUGCACUAGAAACUUCUCAUGCACUGGCUUAUUUGGAAAAAUUGUGCCCCACUCUGCCGGAUGGAACUAAAUUGGUGCUGAAUUGCAGUGGUCGUGGGGACAAGGAUGUACAAACUGCAAUCAAACAUCUGACCGUCUAAAACUACAAAUAGAUUUUGAUAUCUAAUUUUGACAAUGUGGAAUUAUCUUUGAUGUCAAAAUGUGACAAGAAAUUGAUGCUAGUUUUUCUGUUGCACUUCCUCAUAAAAUAAAUUAACUCUAGUUCAUA